AUGCCGCAACCCACCUACUUGACGGGCGAUAGAGCCGGGAUCGAAGCCUUCUUGGAUAGAUUCGAUGUAAGAGCAUGCAUGCCCUUGAGACGGGACAUGUGCUGACGACGAGAUGUAGACCUUCCUGUUCGAUUGCGAUGGUACGUUGUCAAAGGGACAAUCAACAUGUUCAGGAUAGCGAAGCUCCUGGAUGAGACGAGAAGAGGCGCUGUGCGACACGGACACUGGGCUGAAGAUGUGAGAAGCAUAGGCGUACUCUGGUCCGGCGAUCACCUGUUCCCCCGUGUGCCAGAGACGAUUGAUAUGCUGCGAAAGAAGGGUGGGCGUCCCUUUCAUCGACAUUUGGUGCAGCCGAUCGCUGAAGGACUUGUAUAGGCAAACAACUCGUCUUUGUCACAAACAACAGCACCAAGUCGCGCGCAGACUACAAGAAGAAGUUUGACAAGGUCGGCAUUACUGCCACCGAGGUACCUGCUGGGCUUCUCGACUCUUGGCAAUACACGCAGUUGACCGGCAUCAGGAAGAAGUGUUUGGCUCGAGCUACAGCGCAGCCGUCUACAUUGCCCGAAUCAUGAAGCUGCAGCCGCCCAAGAACAAAGUCUUUGUACUCGGCGAGACAGGGAUAGAGCAAGAGCUCAAGGCGGAGAACGUGCCGUACAUUGGAGGAACAGACGCCGACCUCCGACGAGAUGUCACCGACGACGACUUCAAACGCAUCGCUGAUGGCUCUCUACUCGACAAGGAUGUCGCCGUCGUCCUGACUGGCCUCGACUUCCACCCAAGCUAUUUGAAGUACGCGCUGGGCUUCGCCUAUAUCCGCAACGGCGCAAAGUUCUUGGCUACCAAUAUCGAUUCAACGCUACCAAAUGCUGGAUCUCUGUUUCCAGGAGCCGGCGCUACAUCCGCUCCGCUUGUGACGGCGUCAGGCCAGGAACCACUAGCGCUGGGCAAACCUAGCCAGGCCAUGAUGGACGCCGUUGAAGGCAAGUUCAAGUUCGACCGCAAGAGGGCAUGUAUGGUCGGCGAUCGCCUCAACACCGACAUUCAGUUUGGAAUUGAAGGCGGGUUGGGAGGCACAUUGGCUGUCUUGACUGGCGUCAGUCAGAAGGAGCAGUUCCUCGCGGAAGGCGCUGAGGUCGUACCCAGUGCUUACGUGGAUCAGCUGGGCGACCUCGUGGGCUAG